UAUUGAUUCCUUGACGGUCGUUAUUGAUUCUGUGACGGUAACGGUGACGGCGCGGCGGCUGUCAAAUCUCUUUUUUCGCGUGUUUGUUUUCUCUCCCCGGAAUCUUUUUGUGGCCUCUGAGAGACCCUUUGGGAAGAAUCGCCAGAAAACACCCAAAGUUUUGUUCUUCCUCCUCUCUUUGCAAUAUCUAUACAGAAGAUUUAUGGAUAACAGGUGCAAAUCACUGCAGCACUGUUCCGUCGCAAUUGUUUUCCACCGACAAGUGUUUGACUUUGUGGUUCCGUCGCUUUUUCAACCCUUCGAUAGAUUCAUUCCUUGGCUACGCUUUCUGAGUCACAGAUAACAUUCAAGCUACUUUCUUUCUCCUGAAUUUUUCUUCUGAAAAGAUAAAAAAGUUAUUGACUUGGACCUUUUGCAAGCAAGAUCUUGACAUCGUGGCUUUCUGAGUUCUAUAUCUGCAUAAUUAUUCUGGCAGAGAUACUGCAAAGUGAUUUGAGACCCAAUUAUGCUGUAAAACCAAGGUGACUGCUUCAGCCCAAUCUUCUGUUAAGAAGAUGUCGUGGGCUAAGGGUCAAUCCUCUGGUUGGACAGCUUUUGAUCUCAAGCAGAGAAAGAACAACAAUUUUGAAUCUGAAGUUGAUAAAGAUAAUUUCCCAGCUAUAGGCACUUCUGAUUCUACAGUCAAGAAGAACCAUGUUCCUGCAAAGCCUUUCUCUUCGGUACUUCUGCCGACUAAAAAUUUCCCACCGUUGAAAGAGUGUUUGAAUAACAAAAAGGUAAUAUCAGGUUCUGAUUCUGAUGAAAAAUACUGUGGAGCUCCUGCUCAGGAAGAUGUUAAUUUAGCUAUCAAAAAGCUUAGAGAGCAGAAUCUUUGGGCUGAACAUAGCUUGAUAGAUGAUAUAUUGGCUGCUGUUAAUAACAAUGUUGAUAAGGCCUCAGCUUUAUUGGAAACAAUGGCCUCUGCAGUGAAUUUUGAAGACUACAAAGUAUCAUCUGCAGUGAUAGCUACGACAGAUGAUACCCCAUAUAAGAAUAAAACUAAUGAAAGUCUUACUUUGGAAAAGAUCAAGGAUGGUAUUCCCUUUGAUAAGCACCAAGACAACGAUAAAGGCUUGGAGAAUAGAAAUGUUUCCUCAAUUCAAAACCUCUUGAAUUCUGUUCCUGUAGAGCCUGAAUGGGAGGAUGAUGAUAUUUACAUUAGCAAUCGAAAGGAUGCAUUAAGGACAAUGAGGUCAGCAUCGCGACAUUCUAGGGCAGCUUCUUUUGCUUUUUUAAGAGGGGAUCAUUUGUCAGCUCAACAUCAUUCAAUGAAAGCUCAAGUGGAAUGGCAUACUGCUGAAGAGCUUAAUUCUGAUGCAGCCAGAAAAAUUUUAAGUAUCAGGAAUAAUGAAAAUGAUAUCUGGAGACUUGAUUUGCAUGGUCUUCAUGCAACUGAAGCUAUUCAAGCAUUGCAAGAACAUCUCUACAGAAUUGAAAGCCAAGGCUUCUCAAAGAGUUCGGCCAAUGGAGUGAAACAAAAUGGGCUUGGACAAUCUGCUCUUAUCAACAGUGCAAAAUUGGAUAUCCAAGCACCAUUACGGCUUAGACCAUUGGCAUUACAUGUCAUAACAGGCGUUGGUAAUCACAGUCGGGGACAGGCCUCCCUUCCUACAGCUGUCAGAAGUUUCCUUAAUGAAAACAGGUACCGUUUUGAGGAGAUGAGACCAGGAGUAAUUACAGUGUGGCCUAAGUUUCGUCAAAAUUGAUCGUUAAACCCAUUAGAAACUUGUUCUUGUUUUGUAUGUAUCAUUGAUAGGGAUCAUAUUUAGUCAUGGUGAUACUAAGAUUUUUCCUUGUUGAUGUUAAUUAUUUGCCGUGGCCGUGGAAAUGAAUUGAAUUCAGAUGAAGCUAUCUAUAUUCGAAUAUUUGAAUUUUGGAAUGAAGCCUUUAGUUGUAGGCUUUCUUCCCUAUUAAAUUCGACUUCAAAUUCUUAUGAUCAAUUUAGUUA